GCGAGAGUACACGUCGCCCCAAAAAAAUGAUGGAUGUGGGUGACAACGGUGGUGGGCUGCCUGUAAACAACAAACAGAGAGCAAUGAUACCAAACAAAAGCAGGGGCGAAUUUCCUCGAAAUCCAAGGAAAGACUCAGAGGGGCUGUCUGAGUCUCCAGAUCUUGAGUUUGAAUAUUCUGAUACAGACAAAUGGGCUGCAGAACUGUCAGAGCUUUACAGCUACACUGAAGGACCAGAAUUUGCUCUUAAUAGGAAGUGCUUUGAGGAGGAAUUCAGAACUCAUGUUUCUGAUAAGAAGUGGACAGAGCUGGACGCAGUUCAACACAGAGCUCAUGCCAUGCGCCUCCUGGACGGUCUGGAGGUCAUUGCUCGUGAGAAAAGACUGAAGGUUGCUAGAGCCAUUCUCUACAUGGCCCAGGGGACGUUUGCAGAGUGCAGCUCUGAGACUGAAGUGCAGCACUGGAUGAGAUACAACAUAUUUCUGCUGCUUGAUGUGGGGACUUUCUCUGCACUGGUGGAACUGCUCAACAUGGAGAUCGAUAACAGCGCUGCCUGUAGCAGUGCAGUCAGAAAGCCGGCCAUCUCCCUCGCUGACAGCACAGAUCUCAGGGUGCUGCUUAAUAUAAUGUACCUGAUGGUGGAGACAAUCCAGCAGGAUGACCCAGCUGACAAACCUGAAUGGAAAAUCAUCAGGGAAACUUUCAGAGCAGAACUGGGAUCCCCUUUGUUCAACAACGAACCGAUUUCUGUCACACUCUUUGGUAUGGUUACCAAGUUCUGCAGUGGACAUGCCCCUCACUUUCCAAUGAAGAAGGUGUUACUGCUGUUGUGGAAGAGCAUACUGUUCACACUUGGAGGGUUUGAACAGCUUCAGAGCAUAAAGGUCCGUAAACGUGAGGAACUGGGUCUUCCUCCUCUUCCAGAGGACAGCAUUGGAGUCAUUCGCAGUAUGAGGGCAGCGUCUCCUCCCGCGUCGGCAUCUGAUCUCAUCGAACAACAACAAAAACGUGCACGCCGUGAACACAAGGCUCUGAUCAAACAGGACAACUUGGACGCGUUCAAUGAGAAGGAUCCCUACAAGGCUGAUGACUCUCGUGAAGAUGAGGAUGACAAUGAUGACAAUGACAACUCUUUAGAAACAGAGACUUUCCCCUUAGAAAGAGACGAGGUGAUGCCUCCACCUAUUCCUCACCCUCCGUCAGAGAAGGUGUUCUUCGUCAAGGGUCUGCCGUGGGCUCCCAAAGUCCGGGAAAAAGACAUUGAAAAUUUUCUGGAAUCAAGUCGAAGUAAAUUCAUUGGUUACACGCUUGGAAGCGAUACAGAUACAGUGGUUGGUUUACCCAGGCCCAUUCAUGAGAGCAUCAAGACGUUAAAGCAGCACAAGUACAUUUCUAUAGCAGAAAUACAGAUUGCAAAGGAGGAGGAAUACCAGAAAACUCCUCUAUCUGGUGGUGAAGAGGAGGUGGAGAUGUGCGCGACUGAACUGCUCUAUCAGGGAAUUCUGCCCAGUUUGCCUCAAUACAUGAUUGCGCUGCUAAAGAUCCUGCUUGCUGCUGCGCCGACAUCCAAAGCCAAAACAGACUCCAUUAAUAUCCUGGCUGAUGUGCUGCCGGAGGAGAUGCCGACCACCGUACUGCAGAGCAUGAAGCUUGGCGUCGACGUCAAUCGUCACAAAGAAAUCAUUGUGAAAGCCAUCUCUGCCAUCCUGCUGCUGCUUUUGAAGCACUUCAAACUAAACCACGUCUAUCAGUUUGAGUAUAUGGCUCAGCACCUGGUGUUUGCCAACUGCAUCCCACUCAUCCUGAAGUUCUUCAACCAGAACAUCAUGUCUUACAUCACAGCUAAGAAUAGCAUUUCUGUACUUGACUUUCCAUACUGCGUGGUGCACGAGCUCCCGGAGUUAACUGCUGAGAGUUUAGAAGCAGGAGAUAACAAUCAGUUUUGCUGGAGGAAUCUGUUUUCAUGUAUCAACUUACUGAGGAUCCUGAACAAACUAACUAAGUGGAAACACUCCAGAACAAUGAUGCUGGUCGUCUUUAAAUCUGCUCCCAUCCUGAAGAGGGCGCUGAAAGUCAAGCAGGCCAUGAUGCAACUUUAUGUCCUUAAACUGCUCAAAGUGCAGACUAAAUACUUGGGGCGGCAGUGGAGGAAGAGCAACAUGAAGACCAUGUCUGCCAUCUACCAGAAAGUCCGACAUCGUCUUAAUGAUGACUGGGCGUAUGGAAACGAUCUGGACGCUCGUCCCUGGGACUUCCAGGCUGAAGAGUGCGCCCUGCGGGCUAGCAUUGAACGCUUUAACAGUCGGCGCUACGACAAGAGCCACAGCAAUCCAGACUUCCUGCCGGUGGACAACUGUCUGCAGAGUGUUCUGGGACAGCGAGUAGAUCUGCCUGAGGACUUCCAAAUGAACUAUGACCUCUGGCUGGAGCGCGAGGUUUUCUCCAAACCCAUUUCUUGGGAAGAACUGCUACAGUGAGGAUCAGCCACUGUUAGCAUCUUUGUUCUUUUAUUUCCCCCUUAAAUAAACAGUUUUGUUAAGGAGUGCAGAGAAAAACACAGACAGUGUUCUCGCUGAUCAAACUCUGAACGCAGCAUCGUGCUACAUUUUCUGACGGAUGGAUUUCACUCAGAAGUCUCCCAGAUGUUGACUACCAAACAUCAGCUGGUUGAACAGGUUCAAGGCUCUAACCAAAUGUUUUUGUUUUUGUUAUUAACUUUUGCCUUUUAAGACGUUUGGCAUUAAGGAUGCCAAUCUGGGGGAAAAAAAAGAAAGCUCAUCCUUUUGUAUUGAGGUUGACUGAGACUUUUCCAGCUUCUCCCACUUUUGUAAUCGAACCUUGCAUUUGUAGGUAUUUGCUCUGUGUGCCUCUUACCUCCUACACUAGGUCAGUAAAUGAGCUGGAAAAACUACAUGACUGUAUGUUUGCUUUUAAUUUUAAUUAAACUUAUUUGAAAUAAAUUUUAUGUAUUAACUCUUGAGUCGAGGUUGGACUCCACACAGUAAAGUUACAUGUAACAAAUCAGACAUUCCUCUGUUUUAUUUCUCUUAGCAAGACAAAAGGAGUGUAUAGGAACUAUUGGGGGGGGGGUUAGUUUAUGUGCAAAUACCAACAUUUUACUUUUUAAAUAAUGAUCUGAAUAUGAUGAGUUCCUGUUUACAGGAUUGACUUUAUUAUUCCAUCUUAUGUUGAUUCAUUUUGAGCAUUUUUUGCUGUUUUCGGGGACUAUCCAGACAGCCAUCCAGGUUUUACUGACCACCAGGCUGGAUGGACAUGAAAAUGCAUCAUUAGAUUUCUGCCCACAGUAAGAAGAGUCAUUUUCUUUAUUCACUCAUCAGACAAAUGUUUUGAACUCGUGAAUUCUUUCCCAGAACCUUUUUUUAUAUAUAUAUCUCCAUGGUUUGUUUAAUUUGUUAUUGGAAGGAUUAAGAAAAUGAAAACGUGUGUAAAUUGUGAAAUGUAUUUUGUCAUGGCUGUUGUUGUUUUACAUAGACUUAAGUACUGUAAUAAAACUAUACUGUCAUUCAA